GAGAUGUAAUUACAUGGUUAACCAAAACUACAGAAUUGUAUAACUGUAUCCUGGGUACACAAUUAUUUCCAGGAAAGUAAGAAAUUAACAGAGAAACUGGCAAAUAAUAAAUGCCCAGUUUAACAACCCUCAUGAUUUUACAAAUGCUGCAUUGAGGAAAAACGUGAAGCUGAUGUUUCGUGAAAACAUUUUGGAAUUAUGCAAAUGUAGAAUUGCAUAAACAUGGCACACUUCUCUCAAUAAAAUAAUGAACCUACAGCAUCUCUUCUUUUGCGUUUCUGGUUAGAAUACUGAAGAAAUAUUAAUUCCAAAAUAGGGUGGGGGAAUAUUACCGGGAUAAAAGGAACACAGGAAUAUAUUUAGUGGUAAGGUAACUACUGGGAGCGAUAGCUGCAAUGAAGACUAAUGACCACAAGGGAGGAGUGUCUAUACCUCCAAGCACAUACUCCAAAACAUACUUUGAGUACACCUAUAACAGGUCAUCAGAUCUUCCCUAGGCUGGAUGGCAAAGCCACACCCAAAGCACAUGGUCAUUUGCAUACAACAGGUAAUAUGAAUUUAGCUCCAACCUAAUGGAUGGCACAGUGUUAAUUUUAUAGAAUAUGACAUUUUUAUGGGAUAUGAUGAGAUUGAGAGAGAGAGAAAUUAUUCCAGGACAGGAAAUGAUGACACAAGAAUAUUUAAAUAAAGGGCUGGGGAUAAGAUAAGACCAGCAUUGGAUACAAAGGGAGAAGACAAGUUAUUCAGGAUGUUGUGAUGCUCCCAAACUGCAUGUGGGAACAGGUGAGGGGCCGAAAGCUGAAAGACUUGAUCUAUUUUAAUUGAUACUACCAAGUCUAAGACAGAUUGGGGUCACAGUUCAUCAAACGUUUGCCUGAUCUGUUAUUGAUAUUUCAUCUUAUCUGCAUUUGACACUCUCCGUACAAGCAACUCCAAAUUGUCUACCAAAUGGUUCACUCCAAACCUACACGUCACUUACAAUUUACCUAAGCCAAAAAUGGUUUGUUCCAAUCAGCUGUUGCACCCUAUGUAGUUUAUUCCAGGCACACCCUUCCCAAUAAAAAUGGUUUGCUCCAUCAUGAAACUUUAGCAAUUAGGUACGCGUAGGACGGCAGCAUAAGACAAGGAAGCUAAUUAUUAAUUAUUCUAUUUUCUCAGGUUGAAGAAAAACGGCGUCUCUUUCCACGGGUCUCAGGUUAGCGUUAUUUCAAACUUCCCUCCCCCCUUUUCCCCCCGAAGUGGCUCCACCCAACCUUCAUACUGAAUAGUAAAGGAACGUGCCAUUCAGCGUACGGAGGGUGCCUUUCUAACCUAUCGCUCGUCUCUGAUAGGAACCACCAAGGAUCCCACAGGGUCGAUUUGUGGCGACCGCAUUCAUUAAGGGAGCGUGUCAGGCAGGCCGGGCUAAUGGAGCGGUGCGCCUGCGUAGAGAGGGAGGUGGACAAAGUGCUGCAGAAGUUCCUGUGCUACGGCCAGCAUUGUGAGCGAGGCCUGGAAGAGCUGCUGCGCUACGUCAGCCAGCUAAGGGAGGAGCUGGGCGCUGCAGCCUUGCAGCGAGGACCUCUUUCUGCUACACUCUCCCUUGUUAUGUCCCAAUGCUGUAAGAAAAUUAAGGAUACUGUUCAAAACUUAGCUUCAGAUCACAAAGAUAUUCACAGCAGUAUCUCCCGCGUGGGCAAAGCAAUAGAUAGAAAUUUUGAUGCUGACUUGUGUGGCAUUGUUCCUGCUCUGGUCUGGGAAACCCAAGAGAAACAGAUCCUGGUAUUGGCAAUUAUAGAACAUCUCUAUCAACAAGGAAUGUUGGGAGUGGCUGAAGAAUUGUGUCAGGAAUCAACUGUGAAAGUGGAUGUAGAUUUCAAAAAACCAUUCCUGGAACUGAACAGCAUUCUGGAAGCUCUGCACAAACAAGACCUGGGACCUGCUCUGAGCUGGGCAGUCUUCCACAGGCAGCAGCUGGCCGAUCUGAACAGUACUCUGGAAUUUCAGUUGCAUCGGCUCCAUUUCAUCAGACUUCUUUCUGGCGGCCCCGGCAAGGAGUUGGAGGCCUUGAGCUAUGCACGUCACUUUCAACCCUUUGCCCACCUACACAAGCAAGAGAUCCAAGUGAUGAUGGGAAGUCUGGUAUACCUACGCUUAGGCCUUCAGAAUUCUCCAUAUAGGCAUCUACUGGAUGAAAGUCAUUGGACAGAGAUUUGUGAGACUUUCACUCGUGAUGCAUGUUCCUUGCUGGGUCUCUCAGUGGAGUCACCUCUUAGUGUCAGUUUUGCUGCAGGAUGUGUAGCAUUGCCAGUUCUGAUGAACAUCAAGGCUGUGAUUGAGCAGAGACAAUGCACAGGUGUCUGGAGCCACAAGGAUGAGCUGCCGAUUGAAGUUGAACUGGGAAUGAAAUGCUGGUAUCAUUCAGUCUUUGCAUGUCCCAUCCUGCGCCAACAGACCACAGAUUCCAAUCCACCUAUCAAGUUGAUUUGUGGACAUGUUAUUUCUAGAGAUGCUCUCAACAAGCUUAUCAAUGGAGGGAAACUGAAGUGUCCAUAUUGCCCUAUGGAACAAAACCCAGCCGAUGGAAAACGCCUCAUCUUUUGAUAAUGGCAAGACUUGUUAUGAAAUAGGCUCUUCAAAUACAGCAAUUGUGUGCAAGCAGAACUCUACAAUGUCCUGCUUAAUAUAACAGCUGCUAUACAAUGGAAGCUGACUAGUUUAGUGGACCAGACAAAAACUUCCCAGGUUGAGGCAAUGCAAUAUCCUGUAUGUAUACUCCAUGUCUGAGCGUUUUAGGCUUCAUCCUGGUAGCUUCAACAGGCACUGCUCCUGUUGUAGAGUUUAUCCUAUCCCUGGUCACAAUUCUGUUCCUUGUUGGAUACCACAAGCACUGUAUGUGGAGCUGCUACCCCCUACUCUCCACUUUUAAUGCUUACAGAUUACCAAAUUCUUGAAAACAGAAAUGUGUUUCUGAGGUGAGAAAAGCAUGUGGAGAAUCCAACUUUCUCCUCUGUUUCAAAGAAAAAAAUUCAAGUAAAUUAGAAUGCAAAUGAGGACAAUUGUAGAGUUACUGGUGUUUCCUAACAUUUUAAGUCAGCCUCUGUAUACAAUAUUGUUCUUCAGAGACUAAGAGAUGAGUAUACAGUGGAAUAUUUUAGAAUAUGAAUACAAAUACACAACUUACUUAAGUAGAGAAAUAAGAGCUCAAAAGUCAGGAUCAGUUUUCUUCCUUAUAUAAACAAUUUAUAGCACCAGAGCAUGUACUAUUUAAAUAUGGUAAAUCUAAAACCUGUAUAGGUAAUGAACAGGAGUUUGGUGUUAACAGCUUGUAAUAAAAUGUUGCAUUUUGUGUAUGUAAAAGGGUUUUCAAAUCUGCCUUAGAGAUUUUAAUUUAGAGACAUCCUUAGGCAUAGAUUAUUCCUACUAUCCAGGAUUGGUGAUUUUAUGGAGUAAUCUUAAAGAUUUCCUCAAAGGUACAGCUCUUUAGAAAUAAUUUUCUAAAGUGUUACAUUGUUAUUUUAACUUGGAGGCUUCAAGUAAGAACUAAUGCUUACAACUUACACUUUACAAAAUGACAUUGCCUUUUUCUGAAGCAAAAACCUAGAGAAAGGAUAACUGAAAAAAAAUAUCAACUGCCACUAUAGCCUUUAAGAGUAGCAGAGGCUUUAUCUUGCUGCAGGUAUUCUCAAUUCUAUCCAAUCUUGUACAUAUCAGACAUCUAAAGAGGAUAGCAGGAGACAUAGAAACAAAUUGAAAUAAAUUACUUUUCCUUUGCAUGUUACCAUACAAUCCAAUACCUACAAAAUUAUAGGUAUUCAGUGUAAGACUAAUUUGUAUAAAGCAACAGUCUAGCUGGCCCGGGGCUGGAUUUUUUUUUGGGGGGGGGGGAGAGGGAGAAUACUUCAUAUUUGCUUCUGUACUCCAGUAUGAUCUAGUUAACAAGGGCUGAAAUAACACUGCCCUUUAAAUAAAGAGGCUAUGGAUGAUUUGUAUUUUUCAAUUUUUAAUAGCAUUUCUGUAUGCAUAAAGGAGCGUGCAGUGAGGCAAGAAAUGUUCUCUACCUCAAGUAGACAGGAAUACAACUUGAAGGUACUUUAUAGCACCUUUUGGGCACCAGAGACUGGUUCUGUGGAUAAAGGUUUUUCCGUGGACCAGAAUCCCAUGGAUGGGGCUUUGCUUGUUUCUGUGGACCCAGUUGCUGGCAAGCUGUGGACUU